CCGGAGGAGGGGGAGAUGCUGCGGGCGCGCGACUGAGCUGCCCUCCCCGCGGAGUUCCCGCCAGGCCCGCGGCAAUCCCGAGCCCAGUCCCAGCCGCCGGCCUCCAGCCCCGCGGCCCUCGGCGCCGCGCUCCGUGCCCCGCGCGCUUUAAUGCAGCAGCUCCAGCCCGGGCCUGCUCGGCAUCUCCUCUCGGUGGGACGCGCCCCGACGGUGCCUCGAGUCGCCUGCGGACGCCACCCUCAUUGCCUCCCACAGUCCACCGGGUCCCUGUCGGCCCCGGGGAGCGGGCGGGCCCGGCCCGGGUCAGCCCGGCUGAGGUAGGAUGUUCACGUCCAAGUCCAACUCCGUGUCUCCCUCGCCGUCCCUGGAGCAGGCCGACUCCGACGCGCUGGACAUCAGCACCAAAGUGCAGCUCUACGGGGUGCUGUGGAAGCGGCCCUUCGGGAGGCCUUCGGCCAAGUGGUCCCGGCGGUUUUUCAUCAUCAAAGAGAGCUUUCUGCUUUACUACUCUGAGAGUGAGAAAAAGAGCUUUGAAACCAAUAAAUACUUCAAUAUACAUCCUAAGGGCGUCAUACCUCUUGGGGGCUGCCUGGUGGAGGCCAAGGAAGAGCCCAGCAUGCCCUAUGCCAUGAAGAUCUCCCAUCAGGACUUCCACGGGAAUGUCUUGCUGGCUGCUGAGUCCGAGUUCGAACAGACGCAGUGGCUGGAGAUGCUUCAGGAGUCUGGGAAGGUGACCUGGAAGAAUGCCCAGCUGGGAGAAGCCAUGAUCAAAAGCCUGGAGGCCCAGGGGCUGCAGUUGGCUAAGGAAAAGCAGGAGUAUUUAGACAAACUGAUGGAAGAGACAGAAGAGCUCUGUCUUCAGCGGGAGCAGAGAGAGGAGCUUGAGCGUCUGAACCAGGUGCUGGAAGCCGAGAAGCAGCAGUUUGAGGAGGUGGUACAGGAGCUGAGAGUGGAGCAGGAGCAGAUCAAGAGGGAGCUAGAACUGACUGCAAGAUGCCUCAAGGGUGUGGAACAAGAGAAGAAGGAACUGAGGCACCUCACGGAGUCCUUACAGCAGACCCUGGAGGAACUAUCCAUAGAGAAGAAGAAAACUCUAGAAAUGCUGGAGGAGGAUAAGAACCAACCACAAUCACUGACCAAUCCGAGUGAGCAGCCACCUGCUAGUGGCGGUCUCCAGAGCAACCUAAGGCAGAUUGAAGAGCGGAUACAGCAGCUCUUGGCAGAGAAACUCCUAGCCGAGAAACGGAUGAAGGAGAAUGAGGAGCGCUCCCGGGCCCUGGAGGAGGAGCGGGAGUUCUACUCCAGCCAGUCCCAGGCACUGCAGAACUCGCUGCAGGAGCUGACGGCAGAGAAGCAGCAGGCUGAGCGGGAACUCAAGGCUGAGGUGAAGGUCCGCAUGGACCUGGAGAGGCGACUGCGGGAGGCAGAAGGGGCCUUGAGGAGCCUGGAACAAGGGCUCAACUCCAAGGUGCGGAAUAAGGAGAAGGAGGAGAGGAUGCGGGCAGACGUGAGCCAUCUGAAAAGGUUCUUUGAGGAGUGCAUCCGGAACGCAGAGCUGGAGGCCAAGAUGCCGGUCAUCAUGAAGAACUCCGUGUACAUCCACAAGGCGGCCACUCGCCGCAUCAAGAGCUGCCGCUUCCACAGGCGUCGAUCCAGCACCUCUUGGAACGACAUGAAGCCCUCCCAGUCCUUCAUGACCUCCCAGCUGGAAGCCAACAACAUCGAGGAGCUCAAGGAGGUGGCUAAGCGACUCAGCCGGGACCAACGCUUCCGGGAAUCCAUCUAUCACAUCAUGGCCACCCAGCCUGGAGCUUCCUCUGCACUUCCCCGGGGUGCAAAGUGAUGGGCACUCCUCCCACCACCCAAGUCACUCCUGGGCGGGGUGGCAGAGGGAGAACUGACUCGCAGGCUCCUCUCCACCAGCGCUCCGCCUGGGCCUCAGAGGACAGGGGUGCUGUGUCCCUCAGUCAUGCCCCACACCCUUUCCUUGGGAUACACCAGGUCUGUGGGACCACGCUGGGUGUUGCCUGGUUGUCACAGUGAGGUGAGGAAGGGGCCUUGCUGGGUGUGAUUUUUGUUGUACAGGGUGUAGGGUGGAGAGGGCCUGUCUACCCUGUGUGCUCGCCACAUUCCUUUGUGACGGUGGCCCUGUCCCUGGUCCUCAUGUGUAAUAAGUAGCCAAGGUGAAGCUCACUCCCCAUCUCACACUCCCUUUCCCCAGGUUUUCCCGACCCACUCUUUGCUUCAGGCAGUCUAAACAUCCCCGGCCAAGGCCCCUCACCUACUCUGGGGACAUCUCUGGGCUCACAACACCCCACACCUCGCCACGGUACCCCCUUUCCUGGGGUUGGCCCUGGCUGUGGGACCUACGGCUUCCCCUCCUCAGGUGAGGUCAUCCUCAUGCAGCCUCAGCACCCGGGGGGAGGGGUAUGAUCCUACCAUGUCCCUCCUGGGCCCCGGCUGGGGCCAGCAGUGACCUGCAGCCUUUCCCAGAUGACACAUCAAGCUCAGGAGUGGAAGGUGGCCCAGGCACCUGCAUUAUUUACUGGUCUGCAGAGAGGCAGCUAUAGUGACCCUGCUGGUCAUUAGAUCACAGAUGUCUUCCUCCCAGCUUGGUGGCCUUGCUGCCUCUUCUCCCUGCAGAGGUGACACCCAGUGAAGCAAUGCGGCCAUGACCCCAGCACACAGAGAACCGGGGCCUGUGAUAAGCCAGGAGCUCUUGGUUGACUUGACCUUACGAAGGGUGAAACUGAAAUACCAACCUGCAGCUUUCGUGGAAGACCACCAUCCUUCAGGAGGCCAACCGAGGGCCCUAGGAUGUGUCCCUUACCUGUCUUUUGGGCCCACGCUGCCAGUUGCCUGAGUCUGUGGGUCUCUCUAGGAAAGGUUCUGCCUGGUUCAGGGUGCUCUGAGACACUGGUGGUAUUAAAGGUGCCGAUUUUCUGCUAUUCAGAAAACCAAGAUGUUCUGUGGUUGGAAGGGUGGCUGCAGGGUAAGUCCCAGCAGAAGGUACGGGCCUCUGGGGACUCAACGCCUGUUCUGUGGGUGCUCUUUCUGAGAAUGCAUGCAUGUCUGCCACUAGGCUCAGGGCUGCCUGGAGAAACGUAUGGUCCUGUCCCAGCUAGGGGGGUGGACUUUGAUGACUUAAGCUACUCUAUAGAAUCUAGGUGGUCUCUGGGCAUUUUGGAAUUAAUGCAUCUGAGUGUAAAUGUAAAAGCUUUUUAAAUAUGUAUAAAUCUGCAUAAAUCUGGAACUUGACUACCUAAUAUAUAUGUAGAAUGAACUUGAAAUGAGGAGAAAGAUUUAUAAAACCAAGAUUGCUGCUUUCGUUUUUAUUUU